AUGGAAAUUCAUGUAAAUAAUCGUCGUCGACGACGACAUGGUGAACCUCGGCUACUUGAAAAACAAAUACGUCCAGAAGUAAUUGAACGAUGUCUACAAUUUAUUGAUAUUAUUAUCAAUCAAAUCAUUUAUCAAGAAAAUAUUUAUCCUUCAAAUUUAUUUCGUCCUCGUCAAAUGUAUCAUUCACUUGUAUAUCAAUGUAUUGAUAGAGAUAUAUCAUCAUAUAUAACAUUAUGUGUUGCAUCGUUAAGAGAUUUAUUUUCUCAACAAUUAUCAGAUAUGAUUUCAAUAAAUAUAAUUCGAAAUUUUCAAAUACCAAUUAUUCUUCGACGAUAUUUAAUUGAACUUCAUACUAUUCAAGAUCCAUGUUUACGUGCUAUUUAUGAUAAUACUAAACAAUUAAUGAAUCAACUUGAUCAAAUAUUUGCUCAAUGUAUUCAAACGAUUAAACAAAUUCAACCAUUAGAAAAUAAUAAUUAUAAUAAAGGAUGGACAUUUCAGUUAAGAUCAUGCUCUGAUGGAAAAAAUAGUAAAGGCACUACGAUUGGUGAAAUUCUUCGAAAAAAACCGAUUUAUAAAGAAUUUAUAUUGAUAAAUCAACAAUCCGAUAUAUUAUCAAAUGGUAAACAAUCAAUGAUAUCAUCUAUUAAAUCAUUACAUACUGAAAGACUUAAAUUACAAUUUAUGUGUGAAGAUGAUAAAUAUGAACAGGAGAAAUUUCAACAAUGGAAUCAAUAUGUAUUAGAAAAUGUAUCGAUUGAUGAACAAGAUACUGAAUAUGAAACAGAUUCUGAUAUUGAUGAUCAACAGCUACUUAUUAAUGUUCAAAUUUUAAGUGCAGCAAAUUUAAUUCUUAUAUCUACCUAUUUAAUUGGUAAAUCACCAAGAACAAUUCAUAUAAUUUCCAGUUUGAGAUGGUUUCAUCCAUGA